CUGAUGUAAUGUUUAACUUCAACAUAGUCACAUGACGUUACGACAUCUCACGAUAACUGAAGAGUCUAAAUAAAGCGCACUCUUUGCAACAUUUCCUUAGUCCGCUCACAUCAUCCGUGGGACUACAAAGGUGGAUCUUAUACUUUGUUAUGUAACUUUUAAUGAUUAAGUAUUGAUUGUUACUGUCAUUACUUUGGAACUACUUUUUGCUGAAAUGGUAGAAUUUCAGGGAACAAGUCAUCAGAAUGUGGUGAAGAGGGUGGGCCACCUCCCUGUGGUGAGCUCCACCUAUGGCAUGGUGUCCAACGUGUACUCCAUCACUAAAGGCAUCCACCCUUACAUAGGGUCUGUGUGCGAGGCGGCUGAAGUGGGCAUCUGGAGGGUCACCUCGGCGGCCCUGGAAACAGCCUCACCCAUCAUCGGCAAGCUGGAACCUCAAAUUGCCAUGGCCAAUGACCUGGCCUGCAAAAGUCUGGACAAGAUUGAGCAAUCCCUACCUCUUCUUCAGCGUCCCUUUGAACAGAAUUUGUAUGUCCGGAUUGUCUCCAACGCCAAGGGAGUGGUGACCGGUGCCAAGGAUGCGGUCUCGGGCACCCUAAGCAGUGUGGUAGAGGCAGUUCAGUACAGGAUGGAGAGGACCGGGGCUGCUGUGAGUGGUGGCAUGGACUUGGCCCUCUCCACCUCUGAGGGCCUGGUAGAGCACUACCUGCCUCGCGCAGAUGAGGACGACAAUUUGGAGCUGGAGGCCAAAGCAGUGAAGGGUGCUGACAACAAGGAGCUCAGCCACUACGCUCAUUUGGCCUCCCUCUCGGCCAAGAUCCGCACGAGAGCCUCCGCCAGGGCCUUGGCUGCCAUGAGAGCUGGGAAGAGGAGAGGCCUGAAGUACAUUCCAGAUCUGAACUCGGCUGCAAACGUGGUCAUCGAAUCUCGCACGUUUGUCCUGGCACGCUCCCUUGCUGAAAGGCUGCAAACCACCUGUCUGGUUUUGGUCUCAGGCCUGCAGGGCUUCCCUGGCCACAUCCAGGAGAAGAGUCGCUCUACCAUGCGGUUUUAUGUCACUAUAGGGGCACCAGAUGUCAUUCCGACUGACUACAGAGUCCAGUUGGGCAAAAUGAAAGAGUCCGUUGAUGGUGUCAUGGAUUAUCUAAUCAAUAACACAGCGCUCAACUGGCUGGUUGGACCCUUCUACCCAUGCAUGCCUAUGGAGGUGGAGCACGUCAACAACUCCUCAGACCAGCUUGUGAAGGAGGAACCUGUGGAGGUUGAGAUGGAGCUGUUGGUAACCAAUCAGCAACACUGAGCAGACAAUGGAGCUUUUCCACUAAACAGGUCACAUUUUGAGAAAGGUUCGGACUUCGUGCUUUACUUAUUAUUUGUAAAUGAUGUCCUUCUGCUGUUUUUAGGAUUCUGUUGCAAAAUAAAUUAAUACCAUAAGUCAUAUUUUUGCCUCUUAGUUGAAUUGAAGUGAAUGCCAUAUUAUUAAAACAUCCAGUUGUCGCCGCAAAAUAGCAGUACAUCACUUCAAGGCUCAAAUGGGGCCUCCCUUCUCAGGGUUUUAGUCGGCAGAUUAAGGGAAUGUAUCAUUUAAGAAAAA